CCCCGGCAGGUUCUUCGCGUCUCUGGAACUGAAGGCGGUCAUGGCUUCGCUAAUACUCGACUACGACCUCAAAUGGCCGGACGACGCUUUGAAGGAAGGGCCGGAUGGAAGGUACAGACCCAAAGACCUCUGGUUCGCAGGACGCCCGGCGCCAAAUCCUACUGCAAAAAUCCAGAUUCGAAAGAGGGCUGCUAG